UGGAAGUGAGUUGCCACAUGAGCUGCCUUUCAAAGACACACCCUCACAACAAAGACAUGAGUGCUGUGUCAGUCCGACCCCCUGGACCCCCUCCCGAAUGGGCAUGCCUGGGCACUUUGACGCAGCGGUGGGAAUCAGAGCAUGACUUCUCUCUGCCGCCCAGAUGGUGAGGAGACCGGCAGCGUCAACGCUGGUGUGCUGUUGCGCGCUCACUGGCAAAGAGAUAAGCAAAGGCGCACACAGCAGCAAGAAGUAGAGAGGAGGAGGAGGCGGAGGAGGAGGUGAAUAGCAGCAGGCAGCUUUUAUUUCAAACUGACACAGACAAACGAAGACCAUGCGAUGCUGUGCCGCCUUACCGACUGCUUCGCCUCCUGUUUCAUGAUCCGCGGUUGUUCAACUUUGCCCUGGCGGGGAGGUAUGUGAUCAGUUGGAUCGGAUAUGAAUGAGACUGGAGUUCAAACUCUGGCUCCGGAGCCAUGUGAGCAGCAAAUGAUGCUGGAGGACUGUGGGAACUGUAGCACCAGUUCUAGCGGGAACUUGUCUUUACACUGCUGGCUGCAACUGCUCACCAGGGAGUCAAGCGCGGAUUUCCAAGGAGACGGCUCCAGCCUUGCGGUACGCGUGAUGAUCGCGUGCGUCUACUCCGUCGUCUGUGCGCUGGGGUUGGUGGGGAACGUGCUGGCGCUGUAUCUGCUGCACUCGCGUUACAGGCAGAAGCAAUCGUCCAUCAACUGCUUCGUGAUGGGGUUGGCGAUCACCGAUCUGCAGUUCGUCCUGACUCUGCCCUUCUGGGCAGUGGACACGGCGCUGGACUUCCGGUGGCCUUUCGGCCGAGUCAUGUGCAAAAUCGUCAGCUCCGUGACCACCAUGAACAUGUACGCCAGCGUUUUCUUCCUCACCGCCAUGAGCGUGGCACGGUACUAUUCCAUCUCGACGGCACUUAAGAUGCACAGCAGGAGAACGGCGGCCACCCGGGCCAAGUGGACCAGCUUAGGCAUCUGGGCCAUGUCUCUGCUGGUCACGUUGCCUCACGCCAUCUACUCCACCACCGCCCAGGUGUCGGAUGAAGAACUUUGCCUGGUGCGCUUUCCGGACAUAGCCCACUGGGACCCGCAGCUUCUCUUGGGCUUGUACCAUCUGCAAAAGGUCCUGCUGGGCUUCCUCAUCCCUCUUAUCAUCAUCAGCGUCUGUUACCUUCUUCUCCUGCGCUUUGUCCUCAGCCGUCGCAUUUCAGGGGCCGCCGACCCGGAGGUGGAACAAGGCCGUCAAAACCGUCGCUCCAAAGUCACCAAAUCAAUCGUCAUCGUGGUUCUGUCUUUCUUUCUGUGCUGGCUUCCCAAUCAGGCACUGACGUUGUGGGGGGUGCUCAUCAAGUUUGACCUAGUGCCCUUCAGCAAGGCUUUCUACAACGUUCAAGCGUACGCAUUCCCGCUGACCGUGUGCCUGGCGCACACCAACAGCUGCCUCAAUCCGGUGCUCUACUGCCUGGUCCGCCGCGAGUUCCGAGCGGGUCUCAAGGAGAUUGUCCUCCACACCACGCCGUCCUUCAGGGGUCUGAGUCAUCUGCUGCGACGCAAAGGCAAAGUGGCAGAGGCGCCACCCGUCAUGGUGCUGGUCCAAAUGGAUGUGUGAGCUGUGGACAGAUGGAUGGAUGAAUAGAUGGCUUCGAGACAGUUUUCCAAGUGGAGGAAGCAACUGCCUUUGUUUAUUUGCCUCACCCAAAUCCCGUCAAGACGGCAAAUGCCAACACCUUUAUUUAUAUUCCACUUUGGUUGCAAAUCAUCCUCAUGCCCUACGCAGCGGGACGUGGCCCACUUUCCCCUUUCCCUCCAAGAAAGACUUUGUGCUGUUGUAUAAUCGCUCAAACUUUUUCUCGCUCAGUCUAUUUGUCCCUCUGUGAUCGACAUUGCGGGUGAUGCCCCCUCCCCACCACCACCACCACUGAACCCUCCCCUCCCGGAAUGUGUUCAUGAAUAUGUAUAAAUAUCAAUCAUGAGUGAUACUUUGAGAGACGCAGGACUCUGGGAUGAGCCUGAAGGUUACGACGUGUAAUCCUCACUUAACAUCUGACACAAUGUGGGCGGGGAGCGAUAAGGUAUCAAGCUUUUUACAGAUAAAUCACUCCGGCUGAGGACUGGGGAUGCGAAGGAGGAGCCAGUCAUGACGGACACAUUGCGAUCGGGAUAGACCGGCAAGAGAAGGUUGCCCGGGUUUCUGCAUUUGCAGUGUUUGUUUAUUACUUGGUGCGCAUCGUAUGUUGUGAAAUCAAACAUCACUUAAAGACGGCGUGCUGUGAAACUUACGAGAAAAAGACAGUGAAGUACCAAUGUGAUGGUUUGAAUCUGAUCUAAAUUGUUCCAUCAGUGUGCCUCAUUUACCCAUUACGUAGAGUUGAUUGAAUUUAUGGUCAGAACAAAUAACUU